GCACCUUUCACCCUUUCCACGACCCUCGCCAUGGCCAAGAUCCCACGCAAUUUUCGCCUGCUUGAAGAGCUCGAGAAGGGCGAGAAGGGCAUCGGCGAUGGCUCAUGUUCGUACGGUCUCGAGGACUCGGACGAUAUCAUGAUGAGCCACUGGAACGGCACCAUUAUUGGCCCUGGACAUACCGUGCACGAGAACCGCAUCUACAGCCUGAAGAUCACUUGUGGCGAGAACUACCCCGACCACCCACCCUCUGUCCAGUUCAUCUCUCGCGUCAACCUUCCCUUCGUCAACCAAGUAGAUGGCAAAGUCGACCCCAGCAAGCUCUCCGUACUCGCGCACUGGAACAGGAACCAUAGUAUUGAAACAGUUCUGGUAGAAAUCAGGAGGGAGAUGGCAUCGUUCAACAACCGCAAGCUCCCUCAGCCACCCGAGGGCAGCACUUUCUGAUCAAUCAACGGACGCUAUAAUCGCAUGACUCAGAACCAGCUGUGUACAUCUCGUUACGAUGAGUACUGUGUUUUUAGGAUCAACCAAGC